AACAAAGCCAAAGCCAAGGCCAACUGUUCUUCUUUCCGAGUCUCAAAGUCUCAAUACCCAAAACCCUAACUUUCUCUCUCAAAAAUUUAUUUUCCUUUUUUUUUUUUAAAUUUUAAAUUUAAUAAUUUUAAUAAUAAUAAUCAGUUAAUUCCUUCUUCUCUCUCAUACAUUUUCUGUUCUUUCCGUUUCUGGUUUUAUCCUAAUUAUUUCGAUCAGUCUGUCGUCAUCUUCUUCUCUUUAAUGGUUCUCUAUUUAUAGCCUAACAUUUCUGUACAAUCCCCAAUUCCAAUCAGAUUUUCUCACUUUGAGAGAAAGCAGAAAUUUAACCAAAAAAUAAAAAAAAAAUUUUGAUUUUGUUUUUUCCUCUGUUCAUCUGUCGAUUUCAAAUAAAAAAUUUUAAUUUAUAUUAUAUAUUUUUUUGAUUUUGAUUCUCUUAUGGCUGCGGUUGCUGAGAUCACCGGUGAGGCUGCAGCAGCUACCAAUAACAAUAACAAUAAUAAUAACACUGAGAAUUUAGAUUCCGAUGCUAAGCCUAAAUCGGAAUCAGAAUUCAGUGUUCAGAAUCUUGUGGAUAUGUUCACGAAAUUGAAUCCUUUGGCAAAAGAGUUUUUCCCUUCUUCUUACAAUAAUAAGAAUAAGACCCAAAACCUUCUUAAUCUGAACAAUUUUGCUGUGCUGCCUAAUAAGCAAUCGGCCAAUGACAAUUUCCCCACUAAUCGAAGGAGAAGAAAUAACUAUAACCAGGGGAAGAGGAGGCUGAAUGGGAGAGCUUAUAGAGCACAACAGGAGGAUAGUAUUAGACGAACUAUAUAUGUUUCUGACAUAGAUCAACAUGUAACUGAAGAGCGGCUUGCUGGCUUGUUUAGUAGUUGUGGACAAGUUGUUGAUUGCCGAGUCUGUGGAGAUCCACAUUCAGUUCUUCGUUUUGCCUUUGUGGAAUUUGCUGAUGAGCAAGGUGCACGAGCAGCUUUAAACCUUGGUGGGACAAUGCUUGGUUACUAUCCAGUUAGAGUCUUACCUUCAAAAACUGCAAUCCUUCCAGUGAAUCCUACGUUUCUCCCUAGGUCGGAAGAUGAACGGGAGAUGUGUACCAGGACAGUAUACUGUACAAAUAUUGACAAAAAGAUUUCUCAAGCUGAAGUUAAAAAUUUCUUUGAAUCAACCUGUGGUGAGGUUACUCGCUUGAGGCUUUUGGGGGAUCAUGUCCAUUCAAGUCGUAUAGCUUUUGUUGAAUUUGCCCUGGCAGAAAGUGCCAUUAUUGCCCUGAAUUGCAGUGGUAUGGUCUUGGGAACUCAACCCAUCAGGGUAAGUCCAUCAAAGACACCUGUGCGGCCACGAGUUACUCGCCCAACUUUGCAUUAACUAAUCACAACAUUUCAGAUCGCAUAUGGAAGUUGGUGAUUCGGAGGAACUCCAUUGAGUUGAUGGGGUGACGAAACUUUCUUUUGUUUCAGUGUUUACAACUUUUCAAUCACAAUAGUAACUUUCUGUGACUGAAAACAUAUUGUAAAGCUGCUUCAAAUUGAAGUUUUUACAAGACUGUCAGAGUCCGAUUACUUGUUCCAUCCCAUAUUUUGGGAAUCCCAUCUAUUAACUUUGCUAAUGGUAGUUUCAAUUACCAUUCCUGAUUAUGGUUGAAGGCAUGCAUAACUUGAGCAUGUACUUGAGAAAUACUCUUGGCUUAUCUUCUUUAUUGUGUAAUUUGCAGCGAAUAUAGAUCUUAUCUUUUA